ACUAAUAGUGCCCCACCACCUUUCCGUCUAUGGCGUCAGACGCCGUUAAAUAUAUGCCAAUCCACGGCGGAGGAACAACAGCAACAACAACCGCCGCCGACAUCAAGAGCUUCUUCUCUGCUUUGAAACCCAAAAAAACUUCAACUUUCGCUUACGCUUUUGUCAUAACCUUCGUCUCUUUUACUCUGUUUUUUGCUUUUAGUCCUUCUCCAAACUCAUCUUCUCCUUGGUUCUCUAACAUCUUCACUUCCUCCUCCACAACCACAACUUCGGUAUCAGACAAUACUUCCGGAUCUCAGUUCUCUUCAAUUUUCUCUUAUAUUCUUCCCAAUGUCACUUCAACCAAACCCACCAAUAGAUCCAGUGACGCCACAGAUCCUAUCUCUCUUAACGCCACUUCUCCACCUCUCAAUUCGAAUUCCAAAAACGGUACUUUACAAAAACCGGCACCGGAAACUCAUACUCCGAUUGCUAAAAACACAACCUUGGAGUCUCCGAUCGUAAACGGAACCAACCCAGUUGCAAAGAACAACACUUUAUCUCAUCCUCUGCUUUCAGAUAAAUCUUCAGCGACGGGAUCGAAUAAUCAAUCACGGACGACCGCCGAUACUGAAACCGUGAAGAGAAACCAGACAACAGUUCCGGCGCCGUCAAAAGCACCGAUGUCGGUGGAUCUGAAGACCAAUUCCAGUUCCAAUUCAUCAACUGCUUCUUCUACACCGGAAAAGCAGACUAAAAACGUUGAUUUAGUUUCGUCGGUGAAGCAAGAGAUCGAGAAAUGGAGUGAAUCUCUGAAGAAUUGCGAGUUCUUCGACGGUGAGUGGAUCAAAGAUGAUUCGUACCCGCUUUAUAAACCCGGUUCGUGUAAGCUUAUCGAUGAACAGUUCAAUUGUAUUUCAAACGGAAGACCCGACAAAGAUUUCCAGAAAUUGAAGUGGAAACCGAAGAAAUGUAGUUUACCAAGGUUAAAUGGAGCUAUAUUGCUGGAGAUGCUUAGAGGAAGAAGACUAGUCUUUGUGGGUGAUUCUCUAAAUAGGAACAUGUGGGAAUCUCUGGUUUGUAUUCUUAAAGGAUCAGUGAAAGAUGAGACUAAAGUCUAUGAGGCUAGAGGAAGACAUCAUUUUCGUGGGGAGGCUGAGUACUCUUUCGUGUUCCAAGAUUAUAACUGCACGGUGGAGUUCUUUGUUUCACCGUUCUUGGUUCAAGAAUGGGAAAUUGUAGACAAGAAAGGAACAAAGAAGGAGACUUUACGGCUGGAUUUGGUUGGGAAGUCCUCUGAGCAGUACAAAGGAGCGGAUGUUAUUGUAUUUAAUACCGGACAUUGGUGGACUCACGAGAAAACAUCCAAAGGGGAGGAUUAUUAUCAAGAAGGAAGCAAUGUUUAUCACGAACUCGCUGUUCUUGAAGCUUUUCGUAAAGCUUUGACUACAUGGGGUCGAUGGGUCGAGAAGAAUGUGAAUCCUGCAAAGUCCCUCGUUUUCUUUCGUGGCUAUUCUGCCUCCCAUUUCAGUGGUGGGCAAUGGAACUCAGGAGGAGCAUGCGAUAGCGAAACAGAACCGAUCAAGAAUAAUACAUACCUAACCCCGUACCCGUCUAAAAUGAAGGUGCUUGAGAAAGUGCUAAGAGGUAUGAAAACACCUGUCACGUAUCUAAACAUCACGAGAUUAACGGACUACAGGAAGGACGGUCACCCGUCAGUAUACCGGAAACAUAGCUUAUCGGAAAAAGAGAAAAAGACGCCUUUGCUGUACCAAGACUGCAGCCAUUGGUGCCUCCCGGGAGUUCCCGACUCUUGGAAUGAAAUCCUCUACGCGGAGCUGAUCGUCAAACUCAAUCAGCUCAGCCAAACACAACGGAAAACUUAAGGUUCUUCCACCCCAAUACUUGUUUGAUCUCAACACUUUUACUUUCUAUUUUGAUGGUAAUUGUUGAUUAUAGAAUGUGUAGAGUAAAAGGAAAAAAUCAUA